AUGAAAUAUUUGGCAGCUUACGCUCUAGCUUGGCUUGGUGGAACUUCACACCCAACAGUUGAGAAACUCCAAGAAAUCAUUGAAGCUGCAGGAUCUGAUUUCGAUAAGGCUAAAGCUUCCAAGUUGGUCGAAGAUCUUAAAGACAAAUCAUUAGAAGAAGUUGUGGCUCAAGGCACAGCAAAACUUGGGUCUGUUUCUUUAUCAGCAGGUGGAGCCGCUGCAACCACAACAACUACAGAUGCUGGAAAGGCUAAAGAAGAGCCUAAGAAGGAAGAAGAAAAGGAAGAAAAAGAGGAAGACAUUGAAGGAGCUAUGGACUUAUUUGGAGGUGACGAGUGGUAA